AAUACAUUUAACUAAAAUCGCAAUCAUCACCGAGAAAGAUUCCAAUCAAGAUUUUCCCAACGACGACCACCAAUGGUGAUCUCAUCUGCAACUUUAUCCUUUACCUCUUCCCUUCCGAGGCCUCCUCUUUCCCCUCCAUUCUCCUCCUCCAAAUCCGCCUUCUUCGCCAACCAUGCUUUGCUGCUGCGUACGACCACACCCACAACCACGACCCACACAAGAGCUCAUAAGGGUCUCACUUGUAACGCUUUGUUCGGACUCGGAGUCCCUGAACUUGUUGUAAUCGCCGGCGUCGCCGCGCUGGUUUUUGGCCCUAAGAAGUUGCCGGAAGUCGGGAAGAGUAUCGGGAAAACGGUGAAGAGCUUCCAGCAGGCAGCUAAGGAGUUCGAGUCCGAGCUGAAGAAAGAGCCCGAGGCAAUCGGAGAGACUGCAGUAGAAAAGCCUACAUCAGUGGAUGAGGAGAGGCAAGAUGUGAAGGUAUCAAACCAGAAGGAGAGUGUAUGAAGCUGUAGGUAGUACCAGCACAUUCAUGUCAACAUUUUCCUAUCACUGUGCUUUAUGUAUGAGAAUCAAUUAGUGGAAUCUGAAGAUCACUUAAUGAAGAUAAAUGAGUUUUCCAGU